GUGCGUGUGUGCGUGCAAGAGCAAGCGGAGAUACGCCGCACACUCAACUUGCAGCGUCAGUUUCCCAGGGAGACAUCAGAAGCUGUGCGCGAUCCAGGGAGAGGGAGACAAGCAUCCCAGAUAGAGAGCCGACCCGAACAGUAAACGGGAAAGUGCAGUGCGACAGGAGGCGGAGAGAGCCAGCAAGAGUGAGGGUGGGGGGUUAGCUUCAGAUACAGGGAUGCAGCAGGUCUCCCGAGCUACGGCCAGUCUGAAAAGUAUCCGGCAGUCCUUCCAGUCUCCGAACAGCAGCCGCAAGGAGUCCGGCAUCCCACACAUAGGAUCAUGAAGAAGCAUUCGGCCAGAGUAGCACCGCUGCGCUUGUAUAGCACCUCCGUGCGAACUUGUGUCGACUCUGAAGGAGAGGAAAGCUCCGAGACUCACGCUGAGACUCCCGGCAGCCAGGCCAGUGAAGCUCCCUCCCAGUGUCAGUCCUGUACCAGCACAGCCCUCAAGGUGCUUGGCAGUGUUUUGGUGGUGCUCUCAGUGUCUUCAUCAUGGGUAGGCACCACCCAGGUAGUCAAGCUGACCUUCCAGUCUUUCUCCUGCCCCUUCUUCAUCGCCUGGUUCAGCACCAACUGGAAUAUUCUGUUCUUUCCAGUUUACUAUUCGGGUCACUUUCUCACGGCUGAGCAGAAGCAGACACCAAUCCAGAAGUUUAGGGAGUGCAGUCGCAUAUUUGGAGAAGAUGGCCUCACCUUGAAGCUCUUUUUGAAACGGACGGCUCCAUUUUCCAUCCUGUGGACGCUCACCAAUUACCUGUAUCUCCUGGCCUUACGAAAGCUCACAGCGACUGAUGUCUCAGCGUUAUACUGCUGCCACAAAGCUUUUGUCUUCCUUCUGUCCUGGAUCGUCCUCAAGGACCGCUUCAUGGGUGUCAGGAUAGUAGCUGCCAUCAUGGCCAUCACUGGCAUUGUGAUGAUGGCUUAUGCUGAUGGCUUCCACGGUGACUCCAUCAUAGGCGUGGCUUUGGCGGUUGGUUCUGCAUCCACAUCAGCACUCUAUAAGGUUCUCUUUAAGAUGUUCUUGGGCAGUGCCAACUUUGGUGAAGCUGCUCACUUCUUCUCAACUCUGGGCUUUUUCAAUCUGAUCUUCAUUUCCUGCACCCCAGUCAUCCUCUUCUUCACUAAAGUGGAACACUGGAAUUCCUUCUCAGCUCUUCCAUGGGGUUACUUGUGUGGAGUGGCAGGAUUAUGGCUUGCCUUUAAUAUCCUCGUGAAUGUGGGAGUUGUGAUCACCUACCCAAUCCUCAUCUCUAUUGGCACUAUUCUCAGUGUCCCAGGUAAUGCAGCUGUAGAUGUCCUCAAGCAUGAGGUGAUAUUUAGUGUGGUUCGCCUGACUGCCACAUCCAUCAUUUGCCUUGGCUUCCUGUUGCUGCUUCUGCCGGAGGAGUGGGACACAGUGACACUACGUUUCCUGACUGGAUUUGCUGAGAAGAAAGGAGAGGAGCAUGGAGAGGAGCUGACAGAAUCCAGUGUGCACACACGCAGCCGCAGCCGUGCCAAUGGGACUGUGUCAAUCCCUCUGGCCUGAUCCAGGACCAUUCACUGACCCCCUUUGGUACAUUCUGUGGUCCUGAGUCCACAGUUCAGGGGGGACCAACCCAAGGAUCCAUGGUCAUAGAUGACAGAGAGUUUAAUGAGAGGCUGGCAUUGUGUCGCAGAAGCUCUGCUGGGUUUGAGAUAAGAGGGCUUCAGUCAGUGGUAUCGCUGUCCCCUGUCAAACCAAAGAGCCUGCCUGUAACACAAUGAAAGUCAGCGGCCACUCCUUGUAUUAUGUGUUUGUUGGUUUACUUUAUUUUUUUAUAGCAGACUGUAUUUUUUCCUUUGCAAUAGACUUUAUUAUUUAUAAAAGUAAAUAAAAGACUAACAGAGCACUGUGAUCCACAAGGUGCCAGGACCUAAAACAAUGUAUUGGAACUGGCUCACAAACUUUUCUAUAAUAACAUUUUUAGGCUUUUUUCUCCCAACAGUCCUUUUCUGCUCUGCAAAGUUAUUUCCAAAGAGGGAGAACGGAGAAAAGAUAAAAUAGUUUCCCAUUUUUUGAUGUCAGUACCAACAAUCUAGGCUCCUGUCUCUUUUACCAUUAAUUUCAGCUCAGAUAUUGCUGGAGUGACUAUCUUUGUGCUAUAUGGACUGAAAGACCGCUUGAUGUGUUUCUGUAGUUUCCACGUAUUACCAAAUUGUGGAGAUUCAGAUAUCGUUAUCCCUGCCAUUCCUGUUCAUCUUUAGUCAGAUAUUCCUGAAGAUACUGAAUACUGAUAUCUACAAGUUGUCAAGGCCAGGAAAUCUGACUGAACUGUUGCUCUGGUCCCCAUAGUCCCAUGUUACAGUGAUCCAAGAACCAUCUUUGGUAGACCUUUUUCAUUUAUACUCUGUGCAGACACAGCAGAGCCUGCCUGGUCUGUGACUGUGUCCCUAAAUAUUCAUAUAAUGCAGUUACUUGGGGACUGUCUUCUCUACCAGCACUACUCCCAUCUGCUCACCGAUUCCUAGAGCACUAGACCAGUGACCCCUACUGGUAUACACAAAGAAUAGCCUUCAGGGCUGUUAUGCCUGUCACAUUUACUUGUUUAUGGUAAACGUCUACGCAUCUUGCCACCUGAACCCUAAUCCAGACCUUACAGUACCUACAGCUAAGGUUAGAAUUCCUGGAGAGCUAGACUGUUUGCUCUUGCUGAUGUACAUGUGUUACUGUGUUCACUCGUACAUACAUUGGCUCCUCGUUCCAAGGGCCAUGUGCAUGUCUGCACGUUAGUUCUGUCAGUGCUGUAGAAUAUCAUAUGAGGGUGUUUGUUCCAACUGGUAGGAGCCGUGUCCAUAGUAGCAAGAACGGGAAAAACAACCUCCUUCAGGCCUGUUAAGGACUUUUCAUGUGGGGUCUUAAGCAAUUUAGCAGACCUAUGAGAAUUUUUACUUUGAAUAAUACAGUGAAACUCAUCAGAUCAACCAGCUCUAGACCUUUACAGAUGUUUAAGUUUUAAUGCUCAACUGUUUAUUACUACUAAGGUGCAGGUAAGUGCAAAAAGAACUGAAAAAUUUACUUUCUUUAUAGCACAAAACAAUUUCAGCCACCCUAAUUUCAGAAAACCCUCAUGAAUCAUGGCCCGGUCUUCACAGAGUAGUCUAUCCUCCCAAAGUUAAAACCUGCAUUGUAAAAUGAAAGAAACUUGAUCCACCAUCAGCUCAAAAACGGACUGGUUUAGGUGUUCAUAUUUGCUGCUGCACUAACACCAGCUGGAGCAGAUUGGAGGAACUUCCUGUGAAAUUCAUUGGGUUUGCUCAUACAUAUGUUAUGAAUCAUGAUGCAAAGGUGAGAUAUCUCCUGAAAACUGUAGAAGGUGCAUUGACGUGUUUAGGUAGAAGGACAGAAAACAAUCAAUGGAAUAGCACAAGGGAGAUAAAAGCCAAAAAAACAACUUAAUGUGAGAACUAAUGAAAGUGAGACGUGCCUAAAGAACACAAGGGGUGGGAUGAAGGAUUGGAGAGCACAACUCUCUGCUCUUAAGGAGGUGCUACCCCUCAGAUGCCCUGGAAGAGUGAAAAACGUCAUUAAUGAUAAUGCCUCCCAGACAUUUCCAAAAUAAAAACUCUCAUAACAGAAAAACAGUUACACAGGGCAGUGGCCAAUUUAAAAAAUAAUUGUUAAUCCUUAGAAAAGAACAGUUAUAAAAGUGGAAAAUUAUAGCAAAGUAUAUCCUGGAAAGAACAGCUUUCUCAAACAAAUUAAUUGACAUCUACAUGAGACCAUAUUAGGAGAAGACAAUGGUGAAUUUUAAUAUUUAUAAGCUUGCUGGGUAAACUGCAAUCAACUGGUGUCCCAUUCAGAGUUUGUUCUUGACUUGGACCCAGGGGUCCCAGGGGUCAGUUCAGACGCCCAUCCUCUAGCUACAAAAGAAGUGGACUCUGGAAAAUGGAUAUAUAGAGAAAUUACUAAUAGUAAAUACAAUGGAUUGAUUGAACUGUUAUUUCAUACUCACUGUUGCAAGGGUAGGGUGUGACUCUCUAGGGUCCUAAGGAUGAGACAAUGGGUGGGUUCAGAAAAUAUAUAGAUAGGUAAAGAUAGAUGAAGCGAACAUUUUUUUUUCAUGAAAAUACAUGGUCAAUUCAUUUUCUUUUGCCACUGGAUGUCAUUGUCAGCCCAGUGGAAAAUGAGUUCAGUGACAUCAGAUUCACCAUGCAGGGAACUCAGUUAAAAGGCUGCAUAAAAGGACAUUUUGAGGGCAGUGAGACAGUACAUUGCAUAAAUGCCUUACUGUAUGUAUAUUGCAGUUACAGUAGCUGCAUGCACUGGCACCUCCCAGUGGCAGACAUGGCAGACACUGCUAAUCCCAUCUUUGCAGGAACACAUCCCAUUUUGGUGUUUUAUGUCAGAGAGCUUUCACUGGAUUCAUUUGGAUGGUUGACAAAAUAAAGAGAUGCUCUUUUACAAUA